AUGUCCGACACCAUAGCACUGUACAGACGCAUCUUGUCACUACUGACGCCCCAAGAACUCCACCGCGGCUCAAAUUGCGUUCUCUGUGACGAGCUCUCAGCUUUGCAAUGUUCAGUGGAUACCGUCAUGGCGACAUUCAUCAAGGUGGGCGAAGUGCGCGACGCGGUGAACCAACUGAAUCAAGGCAAACCGUCCACGGGUUACGACGCGAGUCUCAUGGAUACAAUGGACAGGACCAUACGCCUGCAAAAGGAGUUAGGGAUUCGAUUGGAGAAAGUAGCAGCUGGGAUGAAAGUGAUGGAAGUGUUGUCAUCGAAAGAAGACGAAGACGAGGAAGAGGGAUCAAACCGAGACGAGAGUCGAGAUACACGGAAGCGGAAGGCGGUCGAUAAGAUUGAUGCUAAUGGAAAGACAGAAAUCAAGGAAGAAGUAUCCGCACCAGAAGACGAAGAGACAACACGCAAGAAAAAGAAGAAGCGCGCGGACUCUCACGAGAACGACAAAAUCCAGAAUGGAGCCGAGGCAAAAAGGUCGGCAGAUGCAAAGAAGCAAAGCAAAGAUUUCUCUCUUGCCCAUGAUGCCCUCAAUGCAAUAUUGAAGGUGAAGACGGUCAACAAGAGAAUGCACAUGAAAUCGGAGAGUAAAUGGGCACUCGCCCUGUCCUACACCAAGCGUGUACUCGAACAUCAGUCUAUCCGAGAUACUCACGAUACAGAUAAAGAAGCGGCCGCUGAGGCUGCUCGCGCUCUAGAGGCCGCAGCCGAAGUAUACAAGAAGCUGGAGUGGACCACCGAAGGCGCAACGGAGGCACGAUCUGCACUUGCGGUGCUGACUGAUGCGUGUAUAAAGAAUAAGAUGCUCACGGUCGUUUUUCACCGAGCUCGGGCUCAACUAGAGAGUGUGAUUUCGAGUAUCCCAGCUUACCUGACACAAGCGCCUUACGAUACAGAGUCUACAAUUGCGCAUAUCCCACCGGAACGUUGGCUGAAAGAUUAUUACAAGCUUGUCAAUAGUGUGCGCGCGCGGUCACCGCAAGCAAAGGCCAAGCAAGUCAUUGAAGCUCUGAUUGCAAUCCAAAAAAGUGAUGGCAGGGAGUAUGUCAACUUUGCAAACAGCAUCACUGCUUAUAGUAUGAAGUUGUCGGGAGAGCAGACACAAGCGGAAUGUCAAAGACUUGGUACAGACAUACUCGCGCUACUGAAUGAGAAAACUGAAUCAUCGAAAUUGACAACGAACGCUCGCGCGCAACCGAGGAUCUCAGGAACGAUGGAAAAAAUGCAAGGACGACUACUAUCCGCAAUGAGUCGAGUCAAAAGUUGGCAGGGCGGAUAUUUCUCCAUGAGCCAGCUUGAUGGAGUGAUUCGUUUGAUCAACGAUGUAGUCUCAUACAAGGUAAGGGAGUGGAAUUCUUAUACGGAACAACUUCUGCGCAAGUGCUUAAAGGACGUAACGAGCUCCAUCAGGACGAUCCAGCCGACUAGGGACCGCGAAAGAUAUUUGAAAAAGAUAACUAAGUGGGAGACUAUGCUGGAUACGCCGUAG